AUGGAUGCUACGCGCAUAUUCUAUCGCGGGUCUACGCUAAACAACGAGGCUCCGGGCCCGGACCAGAGUAUGGUAUCGGCAAAGGGUCAUAUCGGAAGUCGCGACGAGUUGUGGCCGCCGCUUACAAAGGAGGAGCUCUGGAAAAAUGACAUGAGUGCUUGGAAGGCUGUGCCUUCUUUGCCAUGUGGAGAUAUUCAACAAACGGCACCGGGUUUAACUAAGAUGGUUAUAGAGUAUAUACAGGAUAUAGAGCGCCGUCUGAACACAUUCCGUGACACGACAUCAGCUUUUGAAAUCGACCUUCGUCUUCCCGACCGCUUGAGCAACGACAUCCCUCCACCUUCAUAUGACGAGGCAAUUAGCGAUCUCCCUCCCGAUUACUCUGUGGCUGCACCGCUAGCUCAAAGGAGAGCAUGGGCUUAUGAGACGGGCGUAGAGGAAAGUAGGGAUUCCAAGACACGGUCUUCGCAUCGGAUUAUUGAUUUUGAGAGCCCCUCCGGCAUUCGGGAACAUAAAGGUAAGAAGAAAAAGGGAGGUCCUGCGAAGCCCGCCGCGCCGCCGCCCGCGAACGAUCCACCUCCACCACCACCGGAAGAGAACAGCGAUAAGCCGGAUGAUGGAGGCGGCGAUGCAGGUGGGUCUGGAGACGGGAAUGGCGAUGAUGGCAAUAAUGGCGACGAUGAUGGCUGGGGAGACCCCUGGGGCACAGCAGCAAGUUCAAAGAAGAAAAAGCAACAGAAGAAAGAGGAGGAAGAACGGCUUGCCAAAGAAGAGGAGGAUCGAAAAGCCCAAGAAGAGGCCGACGCAGCCAAAAACACAGGACUGAGCUGGGCGGAUGACGCUGCUGGGGACAACGACGACUCGUGGGCUGGCGUCGGGGUCGGGAAGAAGAAGAAAAAGGGCAAAGUGGAACCGGCGGGCGAUCUCCAAGAUGUGAGUCUCAAUGAUGGAGCCCCGCAGCUUGACCUGAAUCUUGAUUCUCAAAAAUCCGCCGGAUUCAAUUUCGGCGGAUGGGGGAGUGGUGGCGGCGGCGGCGGUGGUAAUAAAUGGGGACUCGAUUCUCUUUCAGGCGCAACUGGGGGGAAAGAUACCAACCCAUGGGGAGGUGGCCUCAAAUCUGAUCCUUUGAACACUUCUAUGGGAUUUGGCUUUGGAGGAGGCUUUGAUCCCACUCCAGCUACGAAUGGUGACCCUAAGGCCGCCGAUGAUGGCUGGGGAAAUAUGUUGUCGGGUAGCAAGAAGGACAAGAAGAAAACCGAGGAGCCUGUCCCUGAGGAGCCACCUAAGGCCCCGGAGCCGCCUGCAACUGAUGAUUGGCUAGGCGGUUUUGGUACAAAGAAGAAUAAGAAGCAGAGGAAAGAAGAGGAAAGAAAGAAGAAGGAGGAGGAGGAAGAAAAGAAACGUCAAGAGGAGGAGGAGAGGAAGAAGCAGGAAGAAGAGGAAGCUGAGGCGGAGAGAAAGAGACAAGAAGAAGAGGAACGGCUUCGACAGGAAGAGGAGGAACGCCUGGCGAAAGAAGAGGAAGAGCGAAAAGCAAAGGAGGAAGAAGAACGGAAGGCUAAAGAGGAAGCAGAAAAGAACGACGGUUGGGGCUGGGGCUUCAGUGCCACCGACAAGAAGAAUAAGAAGAAGAAAGGGAAGGCUGUCCCGGAACCUGCCCCGGAACCACCUCGAGAGCCUACGCCUCCUCCAGCCGAACCAGAGCCAGAGCCAGAGCCAGAUCCAGAUCCAGAGCCAGAGCCAGCAGACUGGAAACCCGAUUUCCCAGAUGACCCGCUCUACGAUGACUGGUUUAACCUAUCAUCUAAAGAGAGAAAGAAGCGCGAGAGAAACUUGGCCAAGAAGGGACUGCCUCUUCCUGGACGAGAUUUCCCUCUAGAGCCUCCAUCAAAAGCAGACCCGGCCCCAGAACCUGAACCGGUCCAAGAAACGCCUGCCGAUCCAGAGCCGGUUCCAAACGAGGACAACCAACUAGUCGAGAUAGCCCAGGAACAACCUGAAGAAGAUCCAGUCGAGGACGGUGGGUGGGCAGGAAUCUGGGGCUCUUCAAAGGACAAGAAAAAGUCCAAGAAGAACAGGAUCUCAGAAGAGCCUCCGCCCCCUGCCCCCACGCCUCCAUCUCUAGGUCUCGAGCGGGAGUUUACCAGGGAAUCCGAGAACAAUCAAGAUUCCAUCUGGGAUGAUCAUGAUAGCAAGCCUGCAAAGUCAGCCAAGAAAGCAGAGACCCCAAAGGCCGCCAAAGGGUUCUGGGCCAGUCUGGGAGCAGCGACGAUGGGCACAACCAAAACAAAGACCCUCAAGAAAAAGACCGAGGAGAAGCCUAAGGAACUCGACCCCGUGGAAGAAACAACCCCAGCUGCCGAACCUGAUCUUCUCAUUGAUAUUGGUGACGAGAAGGAGGAUGUCCCGCCUGAGGCGCCUGAAGCGCCAGUCGCGCCAGAAGCACCUGAGCCAGACGCGCCAGCCGCGGUGUCAGCUAAGACGGGUGUUGCCACCUCCAAGUCCAAACCAUCAACAAAACUCUCUGUUGCGGAGCGCAUCAGCGCUCUCGAAAAAGCAAAGAAAGAGAGGCAGAAAGAGAAAGAUGCCGUGGAAAAAUUAAAGCUAAAAGAUAAGGACACCGCCCGGUCUGCAUCAGACCCACCCCCACAGGAAGACCUAGUAGACGUCGAGCCCAGCAAGGAAGAGCGCUCGCACGACUCGGUGCCAGGCAGCUUCCCUGACGCUUUUGACGACGAUAUUGAGGAGACUCCACCAGCAGAGCCUGGACCCGAACCAGAACCCGAGCCCGAAUCUAAAAAGGAGGAGCCUCUGCUAUCAAAGAAGGAAAAGAAAAAGAGGGAGAAGGAGAAGGAAAAAGAAAAGGAAAGGGAGAAGGAAAAAGAGAGGGAAAGGAGAAGGAAGGAGAAAGCGAAGCUUUUAGAAUCUGAGUCUGCAAAGAAAAAGAAGGCAAAGGAGCCCGAGCCGGAACCCGAGCCUGAACCAGCGGCUGAGCCCGAACCGGAACCAGAACCAGAACCAGAACCAGAACUGACAAAGACCGAAAAGAAGAAGAAGAAAUCGAAGAAGGUUGAGCCCGAGCCGGAACCGGCCCCUGAACCGGAGCCCGAACCCGUAUCAAAGGCCGACAAGAAGAAGAAAAAGGGCAAGGAAGUUGAACCCGAGCCAGCGCCGGAGCCUGAUGCUGCACCAGCCGAAGAGGGAGAGAAAGGCCCAGGCGUUGAAGAAGAGCCAGAACCUGCUCCAAAGCCUGAAAAGAUGGCCAAAAAGAGCAAGAAAGGUUCGAAAAAGGCUAUACCGCCACAAGAACCUCUUACUGCUGACGAUAUGAUGGCGUCCGGUGCGCUAGACGCAGAUGCCGAAAACCCGCCUUCACCGGAGACAACGCCAGAAAAGCCCGCCAAAAAGGAACGUUCGCGCGCUGAGCGCUCAGCUGCGCCUGCGUCUUGGGGAUUUUUCGGCGCCACACCUCCAAGGAAACCGCGCACCGCUGAGGCUAGGCUUAGCAAGAAGGAGCCUUCACCGGCAGUUUCGCGGUCCAAAUCGACGAAGCAGACAAGGGCGAGAGAAUCAGAGAACGAAGGCGAGAGAUCCUCGGCAUCUGACAGACGCCGAGAUGCCAGGGCUAGCCGUGGCAUGGGGUUCUCUAACUUUAUUCUCGGCACGCCUCCGCAGCCUUCCCGAACUAAGUCGGUUAGAAAAUCUGCCGCACAUGACUCUAAGCGGUCAUCACGACACCAAUCAGUCGAUAUUGACGAGGCUGGAUUUCCCACUCCUCCGGAUGACGGCCCUGUUCCGGACAAAGCAGCGAAAUUGAUGGGCGUUAAGGAAUCGUCAUCUAGAAAAGACAGACACAGGGAACGGAGGAAAUCUCGUGCGCCCGAUCCAUAUGCUAUUGAGGACGAAGAUCUGGUCGUGGUGGACCGAGAGGACGUUGAGCAACCUUCCAAGGAGGGUUCAAGACAUUCAGGUUCUAGACACUCGGGCCGACCUUCGGCGAGACGGUCGAGAUCAAACCCCGAAGAGCCUCGAGAAGAUGAGGAGAAGGGCCCCGAUGUAUUCUCUGGUCCAGACGACAUCGCCUUUGUCGAAGCCCCACCAUCAAGAGAACGGGAACGACGCGUAAAGCGGUCAAAUACCAUGCCUAAAAAGCAAGAGUCCACCGGUCUUAUGGGUUUGCUUGGGUCUUUACGGAGAAAUGCAAAGCCUGAGGCCCCAGCACCAGCCCCAGAGCGUCGCAAAUCUCGUUCUCGUCGUGAUGACGACACACGAUACGCGACGGAGACUGAGCGCGAUGAGACUCGACGUCGCCGUGAUGAUCGGAAAAGACGCUCUAUGCGUCCGGACAUAGAUGGCGAGGAAGGUGCUCCUGAGCCUGCUGUCGUCGGUGCUUUCCCUGAUGCAGAGGCUGAAGAUGUGGAGGCUCGGAAGGCAGCACGGAGAGCUAAACGUGCAUCGCGACAAGCCCCGCAGGCUGCUGCUGAUGAGCUACGGGAGACCGAGCUCCGGGAAGCUGAGGAGCGACGGGCACGUCGGAGAGAGGAAAAGGCCCGCCAACGAGAGGAAAGGGCCCGUGAGCGCGAAAAGCAUGAGAAACAACUUCGAGAAGAAGAGGAGCAUCGUCGCGAGGAGAAGCGCGCCCGUAGAACAGCUCGUGAAGAGCGUAUCCGCAGGGAAGAGCAGGAAACUCGGGAAGCGGAGGCUCGCUUGGCCGCUGAAAGGCGAGAGCGCAGGCGGCAGAGAGAAGCAGAAUUGCACGAAAACCCUGGUUAUGAACAACGACAGAGACCGCACCGUUCGCGGGUAGACGACAGAGGCGCGAGAGACUUCUAUCUCGAUAGCCAUGAUCCUGAAAGAACUCGCUUCACUCAACGGUCCAGAGAUGAUGAAAAAUCGAGCCGCCGGAAAUCCAAAGCGCCUCCAGAUACGACGAGACCUACACCCAUGCCAUUUGGAGCACGCAAGGAUAAAACAUCGUCGUGGGUAGAUUCGCAGGCCGAUGAGCCCCCGGAGCCACCACCAAUCGUGCCGACCGUGCUGGAUAUGCCCCCGGGACCUGAAGAUGAAAUUCCUGGCCACACAAUGUCAUCAGAUGAAGAAGCCCGUCGCGAGCUUCGCCGUCAGUCGCGCCGUCGGAGCAAGUAUCCCGGAUUGGACGACCAGGAGAUUGGGGAUCUCCGUGCGAGAAAGCGUGAAGACCGAAGAGCAGAGCGCGAAAAUGGCAAGACCAGCUCUAGUGGAGACUAUGAGCGAGACCGUGGGAUGAAGUACAAUCGAUAUGGAGCUGAGCCACCGAAAAGACCCGGUUGGCUGAAGAAGCUCACAACAUUUGGUUAA